CCAAGAGUUUACCUUUACUUCUUCUCUUUUUUUACCCAUGGUUAGGAUGAUUACCUAGCGGUUAUAGCGACCAACCUAACCUAACCUAACCUGGGUCUUCAAUGGUUUCCUCGAAGAUGAACGUACAUUUAUUUACAGCUAGUUUCCUUUACAUCCAGCGAGCACUAUGAUAAUAAAAAGAUCAAUUCAAGAAGCUACCAUGCUUGAGUUUGUGUAUCCAUCACUAUUUCAUGUCCAUGUUGUAGUCUAUGACUUUCAUCGCUAAAGGGAAUUGAAGGAUACGCUCCAGUAACCCCCAUGCAUCCUUCAUGUAGGUGGGAUGCGCUUUUGGUAGAAGUCUUGCUUACUUGGGUUAUUUCGCGUCCUCAAGGCACUACGUGGGGGCGUUGAAAGCAAAAGACCAUGGACUGAAUUCGUUGCAAAACGUUCUCAUUCGUUCUAUUUACUUACGGUACUGUUGCAAACAAAAUGGUAUUAUGUUAUACGCAAUUACAACAUACAGUUUGCAAAGUUGGCUAACGGACUCGAAAGCACUGUUACGCAAAGAACAGUUGGUGAAUUGGUUGACUUCAUGGUACUUUGGAUGAUUGGCAGGAUGAAUGACGACGCCUUUGGUGAGUUCGAGAAAAACAAAAGGUUUGGGUGAUUUGUCAUACAAAGCUGGUGAAUAUUGAACCGAAAGAGAAAUUAAAUACAAGAAUUGUUCAUUUGAAAACAAAACGUCUUAUAGGCUGAUUUUGGGUGUAUAAUGUUGUUUUACCGGAGACAUAUAUAAAGGUGUCCACGUCAGUCAUGAAAUUUACCAACUUCCACUCUCCCAAGUGAAACAGGAUUUAUAAACGAUUCACACAUUUUAUGACUAUGAAGGCUGUAGCAGUUCUCCGCGGUGAUACUAAAGUUAACGGUGUCGUUUCUUUUGAACAAGAAAACGAAAAGGCUCCCGUCACCGUUUCUGUCGAUUUGAAGGGCAACGACGCCAAUGCCAAGCGUGGAUUCCACAUCCACCAAUUUGGUGACAACACCAAUGGCUGUACCUCUGCUGGUCCUCACUUCAACCCCACUGGCACUACUCACGGUGACCGUGCUGCCUCUGUUCGUCACGUUGGUGACUUGGGCAACGUUGUCGCUGAUGGUAACGGUGAGAUCAAGGCCAAGUUUGAGGACUCUGUCAUCACUUUGUAUGGCCCUCACAACAUCAUCGGCCGUACCAUUGUCAUCCACGCCGGUGAAGAUGACCUCGGUAAGGGUGGUAAUGAAGAGUCUUUGAAGACUGGUAACGCUGGUGGCCGUAACGCUUGCGGUGUCAUUGGUGUCGCUGUUUAAACGCACAGAUGCACAUUUAUAUAUCCUAUGAUUCUACAAAUUUGAUAUCUACAGAUUAUUUUUGGAUAUCUGUCACGAAUUGAACGAUGGAUCUUUUCUUAAGAAAAAGAUCAGUUAUGGUGCAGUUUUGUUAGGUGUUGAGGUAUUACGAAUGAUGAUAUUU